AUGGGAAAGGAAAAAGGAGAUCGUCGGAAACUGUUUCAAGAUCCACAAUUGAAUUUGGAGUACACAACUCGAACCUUGAUAAACGAUGGAGCUCUGCCUUCACCAAUCGUGUCAUUGUACUGUUCCAAUGAUGAGUGUUCUGAGUGCUAUGCUAAUCUUGCAGUAUUGACAGAUCGUGGUCACGUCAAAAAUCGUAAAAAGGAAGAUUACGUCAGACUAGGGUCGCUCAAGGCCGUGAAGUCUCCUCUCGAGGUCAAAGUAAACAAAAAAUCUCCGACGGAAAGUGGUGCAGAAGAGUCAGAAGAAGAGAAGCUGAUGUUGUUGACCUUGAGAAAUUUAUGCAUCUAUUAUCAUCUGAAAAAGGUUUUGCUGUUGUGGAAGACAGAAAUGCCACGCUUGGAGAAGAAAUCUGGAUCUACUAUCAAAUACAUUGAGUCGCGAUUGCACGAUGUGUGUGUUCCCGGUUAUGUGAUGAAAUCUGCUCACAACGACAAAUGUGCUUCCUGCCGACGUGAUUAUGAACCAAUUUAUCAGGAAUUCGGAGUGUUCAUCUAUCCGGCUAAGAAAGUUGAACUUGGAGCACCUUUGCUGUUCUACGGCAAACUGAGUGAUGGAAGUGCAAUCGCGAGAACAUUUCAGUUGUACUUUUACAAUAGUUCCGACCAAAAUGCGAAAAGUGACCAGUGUAACGAAGACCGCGGUAAAAGCUCUUAUGAGGGAGAUGUAGCUUUGCUCGAGAUGGUUGACCCUGAUCUAGUGACAACUGAGGAUUAUCACGUUCUUCGUCUGAAUGGAUUUGCUCACGAAAUUAAUGCCAACGGAACGAUUUAUUUGGCCCGUGGAAUUGUUUUUAGUGGAUUAAGCUUUGAUUCGAAAUGUAUGUUCAAAGCCGCAGUGGAAACGAGAGGUGUGGCGCAUUUCCCGAAAAAACAUCAGAGCAGCAUUGUUUGUUGCACUGAAACCAUAAAGAACUGGCUCGAGAUUAUGGGUUACAACAAGAGAGGUUUUUCGGUCAUUAUGUCAUAG